GCAAAUUUUAUUCAACAUUUGUUUCCCUACCUAUCCAUCUAUCAGAGUCCAACGCCACCAACUGAACACAGAACAACAUCAACAACAACCUCUACUUGGUGCUUCCUCUUCCUUUUCCACCAAACCUUAAACUUCCACAUAACCCAAUCAAGUUUUGCUUUAGAUUCUCAUUUCCCGUCAAACUAUAUCUUUCUCUCUCUCUCUCUCUCUCUCUCUCUCUCUCUCUCUCUCUCUCUGUGAAUUCUCGGAACCCAAAAUAUUCCAACUAAAUAUUUCUUCUUUUUCAUGGCAGAUCCUACCCGUCUUUCAUUCAGGUUAGAUUUCAAUCACCCUUAUACUCAAUUAAACCGGGUCAGUUUUGAUUAAGUUCAAUCUCAUACCCUUUGGUGUAUCUCUGAUGCAAUCAGUUGAUGAAUGAGAAGAGAAAUUCGAAGCGUCCAAAAUCACUGCCUUACAACAUGCCUGUGACAGACUCAAAUGAACCGCAGAAUUUUGAUGAUAACAUUCUUUUCCCCGUUGAAGAGAUUGUACAAUACCCAUUGCCCGGAUACGUGUCACCAACUUCAAUAAGUUUUAGUCCUGAUGAUAGUUUAAUCUCUUACUUGUUUAGUCCUGAUCACUCUUUAAACAGAAAAAUUUAUGCUUUUGAUCUGAAGACCAAUGCACAAGAAUUGUUAUUUAGUCCCCCAGAUGGUGGAUUAGAUGAAAGUAAUAUUUCUCCAGAAGAAAAGUUGAGGAGGGAGAGGUUGAGGGAGCGUGGUUUAGGCGUGACACGAUAUGAAUGGGUGAAGACAAGCUCGAAAAGGAAAGCAGUCGUUGUGCCGUUGCCUGCUGGGAUUUAUAUUCAGGACCUUUCCCUUUCAAAACCAGAGCUCAAGCUUCCAAGUGUAUCAGGUUCACCCAUUAUUGAUCCACAUCUCUCUCCAGAUGGAUCAAUGCUUGCCUAUGUAAGAGAUUGUGAGUUGCAUGUUCUGAAUCUCUUGUCAAAUGAAUCAAAGCAGUUGACCCGUGGGGCAAAGGAACAUGGUUUGAUUCAUGGGCUUGCAGAAUAUAUAGCUCAGGAGGAGAUGGAUAGAAAAACUGGAUAUUGGUGGUCACUGGACAGUAAAUAUAUUGCUUUCACCGAAGUUGAUUCUUCUGAAAUACCACUUUUUAGAAUUAUGCACCAAGGGAAGAGCUCAGUUGGUUUAGAGGCACAGGAAGACCACCCUUAUCCUUUUGCAGGAGCUUCAAAUGUUAAAGUGCGCCUUGGGGUUGUUGCAAUAGCUGGAGGCUCCAUUACUUGGAUGGAUCUUCAAUGUGGGGGCAGGGAACAGCAAAACAACGAGGAGGAAUAUUUGGCAAGAGUCAAUUGGAUGCAUGGAAACAUUCUCACCGCUCAGAUCUUGAACAGACACCACACGAAAAUAAAGAUUGUUAAAUUUGACAUCAAAACAGGCAAAAAGAAAAAUUUGUUAGUGGAAGAAAACGGCAAUUGGAUCAAUAUACACGACUGUUUCACACCUCUUGAUAAAGGAGUUACCAAAUUUUCAGGUGGAUUUAUCUGGGCUAGUGAAAAAACAGGAUUUAGGCAUCUUUAUCUUCAUGAUGCAAACGGGGUUUGUUUAGGAUCCAUCACUGAAGGUGAAUGGAUGGUUGAGCAAAUUGCUGGAGUGAAUGAAGCGACAGGUCUAAUAUACUUUACUGGGACCUUAGAUGGUCCCCUGGAGUCCAAUUUGUAUUGUACUAAACUUUUCAUUGAUGGAAGUCAACCACUUCAGGUCCCUGUCAGACUUACACACAGCAAGGGGAAGCAUAUUGUGGUCCUUGAUCAUCAUAUGCGAAAUUUUGUUGAUAUUCAUGAUUCUCUUGGUUGUCCUCCUAGGGUGUUACUGUGCUCAUUGGAAGAUGGAAGUGUAAUCAAGCCUUUAUAUGAGCAGUCAUUUACAGUUCCAAGGUUCAAAAAUCUUCAACUUGAGGCGCCAGAGAUUAUUGAAAUACAGGCUAAUGAUGGCACAACAUUGUAUGGAGCUUUAUAUAAGCCUGAUGCUUCAAGGUUUGGACCUCCACCUUACAAAACUAUGAUCAAUGUUUAUGGUGGUCCAAGUGUACAGCUUGUCAGUAACUCUUGGCUCAGUACAGUUGAUCUGAGAGCACAAUAUUUGAGAAACCAAGGCAUCUUAGUUUGGAAGUUAGACAAUAGAGGAACUGCAAGACGAGGGUUGAAAUUCGAAAGCUAUCUAAAACACAAACUUGGUCAAAUUGAUGCUGAUGAUCAGCUAACUGGAGCAGAGUGGCUUGUGAAACAAGGGCUUGCAAAAGCUGGUCACAUAGGGUUGUAUGGUUGGAGCUAUGGUGGGUAUCUCUCUGCAAUGACACUGUCGAGAUAUCCAGAUUUCUUCAAGUGUGCAAUAGCUGGCGCCCCUGUUACAUCAUGGGAUGGAUAUGACACGUUUUACACAGAGAAGUACAUGGGGUUGCCAUCUGAAAACAAGUCAGGCUAUGAAAGUGGUUGUGUUAUGAAUCAAGUGCACCAGUUGAAAGGGCGGUUGUUGCUUGUGCAUGGCAUGAUUGAUGAGAAUGUUCACUUCAGGCACACUGCAAGGCUUAUCAAUGCUCUUGUGGCAGCUGGAAAGCCAUAUGAGCUAAUAGUUUUCCCAGAUGAACGCCACAUGCCGCGGCGUCAUAGUGAUCGAGUUUACAUGGAAGGGAGGAUGUGGGACUUCAUUCAGAGGAAUCUGUAACAUAACUUUUUCUUUCACCUCUAGUUUUUGUGUCUAGUUGAAUGGACAUACUGGUUUUUGAAGUUUUUUACCCAAUAAUCGGUUCUAUUUCUUCUUGCCUUA